AUGGAGCAAGCUUCAGACAUGUGGAUGUAUUUACCCAUAUCUCUUUUUUCUACAGGCGGCUGUUCCUUUGAGGAACACUACAGCAACUGUGGUUAUAGUGUGGCCCUGGGAACCAAUGGGUUUACCUGGGAGCAGAUUAACACGUGGGAGAAACCAAUGCUGGACCCAGCAGUACCCACAGGGUCCUUCAUGAUGGUGAACAGCUCUGGAAGGGCCUCUGGCCAGAAGGCCCACCUCCUCCUGCCAACUCUGAAGGAGAAUGACACCCACUGCAUCGAUUUCCAUUACUACUUCUCCAGCCGCGACAGGUCCAGCCCCGGGGCCUUGAACGUGUACGUCAAGGUGAAUGGCGGACCCCAAGGGAACCCCGUCUGGAACGUGUCAGGGGUCGUCACCGAGGGCUGGGUGAAGGCAGAGCUUGCCAUCAGCACCUUCUGGCCACAUUUCUACCAGGUGAUAUUUGAAUCCGUCUCUCUGAAGGGUCAUCCUGGCUACAUCGCCGUGGACGAGGUCCGGGUCUUGGCUCAUCCAUGCAGAAAAGCACCGCACUUCCUGCGACUCCAAAACGUUGAGGUGAACGUGGGGCAGAAUGCAACGUUCCAGUGCAUUGCUGGCGGCAAGUGGUCUCAGCACGACAAGCUCUGGCUCCAGCAAUGGAAUGGCAGGGACACAGCCCUCAUGGUCACCCGCGUGGUCAACCACCGGCGCUUCUCGGCCACGGUCAGUGUGGCAGACACGGCCCAGCGGAGCGUGAGCAAGUACCGCUGUGUGAUCCGCUCGGACGGCGGCUCCGGCGUGUCCAACUACGCAGAGCUGAUCGUGAAAGAACCUCCCACUCCUAUCGCCCCCCCAGAGCUGCUGGCUGUGGGGGCCACGUACCUGUGGAUCAAGCCGAACGCCAACUCCAUCAUUGGAGAUGGCCCCAUCAUCCUCAAGGAGGUAGAAUAUCGCACCACCACGGGCACCUGGGCCGAGACCCACAUUGUUGACUCCCCCAACUACAAGCUGUGGCAUCUGGACCCCGAUGUGGAGUAUGAGAUCCGGGUGCUGCUCACACGACCAGGAGAGGGAGGCACGGGCCCCCCAGGACCUCCCCUCACCACAAGAACCAAGUGUGCAGACCCGGUGCACGGCCCACAGAACGUGGAGAUUGUGGACAUCCGGGCCCGGCAGCUGACCCUGCAGUGGGAGCCCUUCGGCUAUGCGGUGACCCGCUGCCACAGCUACAACCUCACGGUGCAGUACCAGUACGUGUUCAACCAGCAGCAGUACGAGGCCGAGGAAGUGAUCCAGACCUCCUCCCACUACACCCUGCGCGGCCUGCGCCCCUUCAUGACCAUCCGCCUGCGGCUGCUGCUGUCCAACCCGGAGGGCCGGAUGGAGAGCGAGGAGCUGGUGGUGCAGACCGAGGAGGACGUUCCAGGAGCUGUUCCUCUAGAAUCCAUCCAGGGGGGGCCUUUUGAGGAGAAGAUCUACAUCCAGUGGAAACCCCCCAAUGAGACCAAUGGAGUCAUCACACUCUAUGAGAUUAACUACAAGGCUGUUGGCUCCCUGGACCCAAGUGCGGACCUCUCCAGCCAGAGGGGGAAAGUAUUCAAACUCCGGAAUGAAACCCACCACCUCUUCGUGGGUCUUUACCCAGGUACCACCUACUCCUUCACCAUCAAGGCCAGCACAGCGAAGGGGUUUGGACCCCCUGUCACCACGAGGAUCGCCACCAAAAUUUCAGCUCCGUCGAUGCCCGAAUAUGACACAGACACCCCGCUGAAUGAAACGGACACCACCAUCACAGUAAUGCUGAAGCCUGCUCAGUCACGGGGAGCCCCUGUCAGUGUUUAUCAGCUGGUUGUCAAGGAAGAGCGACUUCAAAAGUCACGAAGAGCAGCUGACAUCAUUGAGUGCUUUUCGGUACCUGUGAGCUACAGGAAUGCCUCCAACCUCGAUUCUCUGCAUUACUUUGCUGCCGAGUUGAAGCCAGCCAACCUUCCUGUCACUCAGCCAUUUACAGUGGGUGACAAUAAGACAUACAAUGGCUACUGGAAUCCUCCUCUUUCUCCUCUGAAAAGCUACAGCAUCUACUUUCAGGCACUCAGCAAAGCAAAUGGAGAGACCAAAAUCAACUGUGUUCGUCUGGCGACAAAAGCACCAAUGGGCAGCGCCCAGGUGACCCCGGGGACUCCACUCUGCCUCCUCACCACAGGAGCCUCUACUCAGAAUUCUAACACAGUGGAGCCAGAGAAGCAGGUGGACAACACUGUGAAGAUGGCCGGUGUGAUCGCCGGCCUCCUUAUGUUCAUCAUCAUUCUUCUGGGUGUGAUGCUCACCAUCAAAAGGAGAAGAAAUGCUUAUUCCUACUCCUAUUACUUGAAGCUGGCCAAGAAGCAGAAGGAGACACAGAGUGGAGCCCAGAGGGAAAUGGGACCCGUGGCCUCAGCCGACAAACCCGCCACCAAGCUCAGUGCCAGUCGCAACGAUGAAGGCUUCUCCUCUAGCUCUCAAGAUGUUAAUGGAUUCACAGAUGGCAGCCGUGGGGAGCUGUCCCAGCCCACCCUCACCAUCCAGACACACCCCUACCGGGCCUGCGACCCCGUGGAGAUGAGCUACCCCCGGGACCAGUUCCAGCCCGCUAUCCGGGUGGCGGACCUGCUGCAGCACAUCACGCAGAUGAAGAGAGGCCAGGGCUAUGGGUUCAAGGAGGAGUAUGAGGCCUUGCCAGAGGGGCAGACAGCUUCAUGGGAUACAGCCAAAGAAGAUGAAAACCGCAAUAAGAAUCGCUAUGGGAACAUCAUAUCCUAUGACCACUCCCGAGUGAGGCUGCUGGUGUUGGACGGAGACCCCCAUUCCGACUACAUCAACGCCAACUACAUUGAUGGAUACCAUCGACCUCGGCACUAUAUUGCAACUCAAGGUCCAAUGCAGGAGACCGUAAAGGACUUUUGGAGAAUGAUCUGGCAGGAGAACUCGGCCAGCAUCGUCAUGGUCACAAACCUCGUGGAAGUGGGCAGGGUGAAGUGUGUGCGGUACUGGCCAGAUGACACAGAGGUGUACGGCGACAUUAAAGUCUCCCUGAUUGAAACAGAGCCUCUGGCAGAAUACGUCAUCCGCACCUUCACGGUCCAGAAGAAAGGCUACCACGAGAUCCGGGAGCUCCGCCUCUUCCACUUCACCAGCUGGCCCGACCAUGGCGUUCCCUGCUAUGCCACUGGCCUCCUGGGCUUCGUUCGCCAGGUCAAGUUCCUCAACCCCCCUGAGGCUGGGCCCAUCGUGGUCCACUGCAGUGCUGGAGCUGGGCGAACAGGCUGCUUCAUUGCCAUCGACACCAUGCUCGACAUGGCUGAGAACGAAGGGGUGGUGGACAUUUUCAACUGUGUGCGGGAACUUCGUGCCCAAAGAGUCAACCUGGUACAAACAGAGGAGCAGUACGUGUUCGUGCAUGAUGCCAUCCUGGAGGCCUGCCUGUGCGGCAACACCGCCAUCCCCGUGUGCGAGUUCCGCUCCCUCUACUACAACAUCAGCAGGCUGGACCCCCAGACCAACUCCAGCCAGAUCAAAGAUGAGUUUCAGACCCUCAACAUCGUGACCCCCCGUGUCAGGCCUGAGGACUGCAGCAUCGGGCUCCUGCCCCGGAACCACGAUAAGAACCGGAGCAUGGACGUCCUGCCCCUGGACCGCUGUCUGCCCUUUCUCAUCUCUGUGGAUGGCGAGUCCAGCAACUACAUCAAUGCAGCACUCAUGGAUAGCCACAAGCAGCCUGCCGCCUUCGUGGUCACCCAGCACCCGCUACCCAACACCGUGGCGGACUUCUGGAGGCUGGUGUUCGACUAUAACUGCUCCUCCGUGGUGAUGCUGAACGAGAUGGACACUGCCCAGCUCUGUAUGCAGUACUGGCCCGAGAAGACGUCGGGAUGCUACGGGCCCAUCCAGGUGGAGUUCGUCUCUGCAGACAUUGAUGAGGACAUCAUCCACAGAAUAUUCCGCAUCUGCAACAUGGCUCGGCCCCAGGAUGGGUAUCGCAUAGUCCAGCAUCUGCAGUACAUCGGCUGGCCCGCCUACCGGGACACACCACCCUCCAAGCGCUCUCUGCUCAAGGUGGUGCGGCGGCUGGAGAAGUGGCAAGAGCAGUACGAUGGCCGGGAGGGACGUACCGUGGUCCACUGCCUAAACGGGGGAGGCCGCAGCGGGACCUUCUGUGCCAUCUGCAGCGUAUGUGAGAUGAUCCAGCAGCAAAACAUCAUCGACGUGUUCCACAUCGUGAAAACACUGCGCAACAACAAGGCCAACAUGGUGGAGACCCUGGAACAGUAUAAAUUUGUAUAUGAAGUGGCACUGGAAUAUUUAAGCUCCUUUUAGCCCAGAGGGACAGGGAACCUGCCAGAGUCCAGAGACGGCCACACCCUCUUUUCCGUGAAUGGCAGCGAUGGGGCCGGGGGCUGAGAUGACGCCUGCCCAACUCCGAGAAGACUGGUGGUCUGAGGUGGGCUCUGCACCUCGAGGACUCUCCUGUAGCUGUGGGAGAUGCUGUUCUACAACACCCAGGCUUCCCUGCCACACCAAGAGGCCACAGCCCCCGACCCCAGCAGAAACGCACCCACAGCAAGCCCCUGGAUUCUUUGGUCCCCAGAACUCUGCCUUUUGCCCUUUCUCAAGUUUGUGAAUCUCCUGGCAAGUCAGCUGUGUGGGUGCUGGGGAGUCACAGGCUCGGGGGCACGUCCCCUCCCCACUUCGUGGGAGUGGAGGGAAUGUGCAUUCUUCUCCUCCCAGCUGUCGUGGGAAUGAUUUGGCUCUUGGGGGCGAUGCUCUGCUGCCCCCUACAAUCUCCUUCAGGGACCCCUGGCCCUGGACAACUGCCUGUCUGGAUCAGUGUGACCUUGGGGUGCGCCUGAGACCACAGCAGAGGCCCCCUCCCCCACCUCCCCUGCAUGGGGCUUGGCCCACUACCACGCUACACCCCUGCUCAGGCCUGGGUCUCGACCCUCUGCCUUUCGCUGGCCAGCCCACAGUGCCCAUGCGCUCUUCAGUAGGCUUGACUUUGCUUUCCUGUGGACAGUGGGAGGGGCUGGAACUGCAAAACACUCGGCUGUCCCCUGAGCCCCCCCAU